AUGGUUCGUCGGUCUUUAGUUAUUGCAAUAGCCGCACGAAAGGAGAAGAGAAGAAGGCUGAAAACGAAGAGGAGGUUGGUAAGAAGAAGAAGAAGACAAACAGUAAAAGCGAUUCAGGAUUCGGAAAAUUGGGUCGCACCAGAGAUUAAUCAGGAUCUCUUGACCGAGAUUCUGGCGAGAUUACCUGCGAAGUCCGUGAUGAGAUUCAAGUGCAUCUCAAAGUUUUUGUUAUCUCUCUUCUCCUCCAGAGAUUUUUGCAACCGUUUCAUUACGCUCCCGACAUCUCAAAGUUUUGGUCUUUACAUGUCUUUACUGGACCAUGAAAACUACUCUAAGUCUCUGCUCCUAUCAUCAGCUCCAAGCACUUGUCCGUCUUCCUUAGAAUUCGACCAUGAUCUGACCAUCCGUAAGAUGAGAGGUUGGUACUUGCGCGCGGUCCGUGGCUUUCUUUGCUUCACAGUUUUCAAAAAGGCACGUGUCUAUAACCCUAGCACCAGACAACUUGUGAUCUUACCUGCCGUAGUAGAAUCCAAUGUCAUAGCUGAAGAAGAUGUUUACAAAAUCUUCUACUUUAUCUGUUACGACCCUGUUAACGAUCAAUACAAACUACUCUGCUCAAUUACGCAAGUAUCAGACAAUAUGCUGCUAGAGAUAAGGUCAGAGCUUUGGGUCUUUGUGCUAGAAGCUGGUGGUUCGUGGAAAAGGGUGGCAAAGGACUUUCCUUGUCAUCUUCCUGAUGGACUAGAGCUGAAUAUGAACGGAGUGUUAUAUUAUUUGGCUUGGACUGAUUUACAUACUUCUUGUGUGCUUGUGAGAUUCGACAUCAGAUCUGAGGAGCUUGAUAUGUUGCAAGUACCACGCAAGGCCGGAGAUGUGCUAACUAGACUUGACAGGUGGUCGACUCAAAUAGAGUAUGGUGGGAAAGUAGCUGUUUUUGACUUCACCUUUCUCAAAGAGACUGGCAGGAUUGAUCUAUGGGUUGUGGAAGAUUGGAGUAAGAAGGAAUGGUCGAUGAAGACUCUAGUUUUGAAGCCUUGUCAGAUGCAUCUAAUCACUGACAAUAGAUUGAAGCCAAGAAGUAGUAUAAAAGGCAAAGUUAUCUUGGUACCGCUUAGGUUGAUUUCACCUUUUUAUUUUCAUUUGCUAUGAUCUGCAUAUAUAGCAAUGAUCUGAAAAAAGGUUGAGAUUAAAGGCAUACCGGAUCGCUGGUUUAAUAAGGAUGCCACAACCAGAUAUUUUGACGUGGAGCUUAUGGAUCCGUGUGAGAACAUCAAGUACCUGAAAACUUGA